UCUUGACGAUUUAAAGCCAAGAUAAUAAUAUUUUAAUAAUAAUAAUAUAUAUGGGGUCGGCCCAUUUAAACUUCUACCUAUAUCUAUACAUUAAUAAAUUCAAAUCUACAAUUUAUGUACAAUAAUAUAUAAAUAGACGCACACAGCAGCAGCAAAUGAAGACUAAGCCCAAUAAUUUCACCACUUUCUUCACUAAAAGCUAAGAAGUCCACAACCGCCAUGACGACCACCGUGCUUGAGACCUGCGGCAUCCCUCCUCCGCCGGGCGCCGCCGCCGAGCUGACGGUUCCGCUCUGCUUCUUCGACAUAAUCUGGCUCCAUUUCCACCCGAUCCGCCGCCUCAUCUUCUACGACCACCCAUGCUCCGAGGCAGAGUUCUCCAACACCGUCGUUCCAAACCUCAAACACUCUCUCUCUCUAACCCUCAAACACUAUCUCCCCGUCGCCGCGAAUCUCCUCUACCCUCUCGACGCCGAGAAAUCGCAGCCCGUCAUCCGCUACGUCUCCGGCGACACCGUCCCGCUCACCGUGGCCGUCUCCGGCCGCGACUUCGACGAGCUCGUCGCAAGCCACGCCAGAGAAUCCGAUCAGUUCUACGACUUCCUGCCGGCGAUGCCGCCGUUCACGGAGGAGGAAAAUUACAAAAUUGCCCCUCUCAUCGCCCUUCAGGUCACGCUCUUCCCCGGCCGUGGGAUUUGCAUCGGCUUGAGCAACCACCACUGCCUCGGCGACGCAAGAUCGGUCGUCGGAUUCAUGUGGGCGUGGGCCGAGAUCAGCCGGAGCGGCGGCGACGAGGAGCAGUUUCUAGUAAGAAACGGCGCGUCGUUGCCGUUAAUUUUCGACAGGUCCGUUUACGGAGACCGCAGCAGCGCUAACGAGAAGUACUGGAACGUGAUGAGGAAUAUUCCGUUUGUGCCGUCGACUCUUCCGUUACCGACGAACAGGGUUAGGGCCGCAUUCACACUCCAUCAAUCCGACAUCAAAAGGUUAAAAAAUCUGGUUUUGUCAAACAAUCCCGAUUUAGGUUACAUCUCCUCCUUCGUCGUCACGGCGGCACUCACCUGGAGCUGCGUGGUGAAAUCCGCCGCCGCCGCCGGGGAGGAAUUUGAUCGGGAUCGGACGGAGAUCUUCUUUUUUCCGGCCGACGGUAGGGGGCGGCCAAAUGCGAUAACCGACCAGCCGGUGCCGGUGAAUUACUUCGGGAAUUGCUUGGGCGGCGGGAUGGUGAAGAUGGAGCAUAGCAAGGUCGGAUUUGUGGCGGCGGCGGAGGCGAUUGUCGAUCAAAUCAAAACGCAAGUGAACAACAAAGAGAAUUUUCUGAAAGGAUCGGAAAAUUGGUUGUCGGAUAUGUCGAAUUUUGGGAAGAUGAGCACGUUUGGGGUUUCUGGCUCGCCGAAAUUCGAUUUGUUGAAUGCGGAUUUUGGGUGGGGGAAGGGGAGGAGAUUGGAGGUUUUAUCGAUGGAUAAAGAGAAGUAUUCGAUGUCGUUGUGUAAUUCGUCGGAAUCCGACGGCGGAUUGGUCGUCGGAGUGUCGCUGCCGGCGGAGAGAAUGGAGGCUUUUGCAGCUAUAUUUGCAGAAGGCCUUAAAUUUUGAAAAUUAUGAAUGAGUCUUUGUUGUAUGAUUUUUUUGAACACUUUUGUUGCUUCCAAAUUAAGAACUUAUACAUGAUUUGUAUAAAAAAAAAAUCAACAAAAAUUUUGGAGAUGUGAAGCAGCUUGGCUUUAGAAUUUCAA